CCUGGCGUGCAGGGGGAGGUUGAGAGCAUGGCACAGGAAGGCGAGGAGGGGAGCGCCUAGGCGCGGGAAGGCUGGGAGCAGCCACCGGUCGCGAAGCCGCCGGGUGGGCAGCCCGAGAGCCGACUGGGGGCGGCCCCGCGCGGCCCCGCCCCUCCCGGCCGGUGCCCGCCCCCCUGCGCGCCCCGCCCCCUCCUUCCCCUCAGCCCCCACCCCCCGCCCCGGCUCCUCAACACAAACUUUCCGUCCCGCUCGCUCCCUCCUCCGCGCCCGGCGCCUCCCGCUCCAGCCCGGCUCAUUCCGCACAUUCCGGCCAGCCCCCUCCCCAAGACCCCCCUUCCCCUGCCCCCCUCUCAGCUCCUUCGGGCCCGGCGGAGCGGCCCGGCCGGAGCGCCCCCCCGAGCUCGGACCAGGCUCCGGCGGCCCAGUGGGCUCAGGCCCAGAGCCCAGAGCAACCAGCACAAUAGCGUCCAACAGCUGGAAUGCCAGCAGCAGCCCCGGGGAGGCCCGGGAGGAUGGGCCUGAGGGCCUGGACAAGGGGCUGGACAACGACGCGGAGGGCGUGUGGAGCCCCGACAUCGAGCAGAGCUUCCAGGAGGCCCUGGCCAUCUACCCACCCUGCGGCCGCCGCAAGAUCAUCCUGUCAGACGAGGGCAAGAUGUACGGUCGAAAUGAGCUGAUUGCACGCUACAUUAAACUGAGGACCGGGAAGACUCGGACGAGAAAACAGGUCUCUAGCCACUUGCAGGUUCUAGCCAGGCGGAAAUCUCGAGAGAUUCAGUCCAAGCUAAAGGCCAUGAACCUGGACCAGGUCUCCAAGGACAAAGCCCUCCAGAGCAUGGCCUCCAUGUCAUCCGCCCAGAUUGUCUCCGCCAGCGUCCUACAGAACAAGUUCAGCCCGCCCUCCCCCCUGCCCCAAGCCGUCUUCUCCACUUCCUCACGGUUCUGGAGCAACCCCCCUCUCCUGGGACAGCAGCCUGGACCCUCUCAGGACAUCAAGCCCUUUGCACAGCCAGCCUACCCCAUCCAGCCGCCCCUGCCGCCGACGCUCAGCAGUUACGAGCCCCUGACCCCGCUCCCCCCAGCUGCUGCCUCCGUGCCCGUGUGGCAGGACCGCACCAUCGCCUCCUCCCGGCUGCGGCUCCUCGAAUAUUCCGCCUUCAUGGAGGUGCAGCGAGACCCCGACACGUACAGCAAACACCUCUUCGUGCACAUCGGCCAGACGAACCCCGCCUUCUCCGACCCGCCGCUGGAGGCUGUAGAUGUGCGACAGAUCUAUGACAAGUUCCCCGAGAAGAAGGGUGGACUGAAGGAACUCUAUGAGAAAGGGCCCCCUAACGCCUUCUUCCUCGUCAAGUUCUGGGCGGACCUCAACAGCACCAUCCAGGAGGGCCCUGGAGCCUUCUAUGGGGUCAGCUCUCAGUACAGCUCGGCCGACAGCAUGACCAUCAGCGUCUCCACCAAGGUGUGCUCCUUUGGCAAGCAGGUGGUGGAGAAGGUAGAGACGGAAUACGCCAGGCUGGAGAACGGCCGCUUCGUGUACCGCAUCCACCGCUCCCCCAUGUGCGAGUACAUGAUCAACUUCAUCCACAAGCUGAAGCACCUGCCAGAGAAGUACAUGAUGAACAGCGUGCUGGAGAAUUUCACCAUCCUGCAGGUAGUCACCAGCCGGGACUCCCAGGAGACCCUGCUCGUCAUUGCUUUCGUCUUUGAAGUCUCCACCAGCGAGCACGGGGCCCAGCACCAUGUCUACAAGCUCGUCAAAGACUAGGCCACUCUUGGCCCCCAGUACCAGGAUCCAGGACAAGCAUCUUUUCCACACACCUGCCUGGCCCCCCACCCCCACCCCACUCCCACCCCCAGAGGUCUGGGAUUGAGGACUCAUCCCGCCUACCAGGCCUCAGGCCCAGGACCCAGGAGGCCUCCCCACCUACCCCCCAGCACACACACUCCCUGCCACUGUUCUGCGCUUUAAUUGUGGGAGAAGAGAGGAGAGCUCCGUGGUGGGGCAGCCCAUCCCGGAUGCUGAACCAUCAGCCAGCUCUGCCCAGCCUCCAGUGAGCGGGCUCCAACCCCUUCGGGCUCAGGCGUGUGUGGCCGGCAGGGGAGGGUAGAAUGGAGAUCAAGGGGGUCAGAGUGCAGAGGCUCCAGGAAGGAGAGUGUUGAGUUGGGGUUAGGGUGAGAAGACAAGAGAGGGGCCCACACUUUCUUGUACCUGCAGUGUGCCUGGCCCUGUUCUCAGACCCUGCAAGGUGAGCGUGGGUCUGGGUGUCUCAUGUGAUGGGCUGAGACUCGAAGUUGAGAGACCCGUGCAAGGAGGGCAGAGUUGGAAUUCUCACCCGGGGCUGCCUGUCCCCAGAGCCCAGGUAUAACUACCUCCCUGGAGUGGGGGAGCAGCCACAGGGGGUGAGAGACAGGGUCUAUACGGGGAGCUGGAGCCAGCCAGGUUGGGGGGCACCUUUCAGGGGAGCAGCUGCUUCUGACCAGCAGGAAAAGAGGAGCAGCAGGUACUUGGCACCUGUUAGGUGCCCUCUGUCAGCCCAUAGUGCGGCCAGGGCCUCGGGAGCCCCUAUGCGGACCUCCUCCAAGCUGCCCCGGCCCACAUCUGGGACCUGAGCCCCUCAGCACCUUCCUGACGAGAGAAGGCCCCCAGGGGCAGGCUCCAAAAUAGCUCGGAGGGUCAAGUAGGAAGCUGGAGUCCCCGCCUCUGGGCAGACCAGUGUUCCAGGGACAAGGGGUAGCAGAAGGAUUUGGUAUUUUCAAAUGGCCAAGACAUGGGUUGGGUGAACCCUCGGUGGGUUCACUCCCUUACGUUUCUCUCCACCUCCAGUUUCCCAGGCCUGGACCAGCAGCUCCCCAGACCCAGUUCUGGGACUGAAGAUUCACCCUUUCCCUGCUGCCCCUCCCCAACACUCAGGCCCCUCAGCCGGCCUGGCCUGUCUACCAGUCGCCUCUGGGCAUUUAUGAGUUUCAUAUGAAGUACUGUGCCCCUUCCCUUCCUUACACGGCCCGCCCCUGAGCUUCCUGAAGGUCCUCACAGUUUGCAUAUCGCUCAGGCCACUUCCAAACCCAACCUAGGUUUUAUAAUGUAUAUUAUAUUUUUUUGUGUAUUUUUUAAAUCCAGCUGUGAUGGGUUAUAUCGUAAACGUGGCACAGGGCUGGGGCAGGGGUCCUCAAGGCCCAGCUCCUGCUCCAAAAAAAAAAAAAAAAAAAAAAGAAAAGAAAAAAAAUUAAAGUUAUUUGUUUGUGGGUUA